AUGGAUCUUGAACCGCAACCACCAUCUCCUUCCGCUAGCGCCGGGGGCUCGUCCUCCUCGUCAACGGAACUCGUGCACACAGACUACACCCCCAAACUUACACUAGCUGUCCGACAGGCCUUACGGCAAUGGCAGGUUCAGGGACCCUCUGAGCUGCUCACUGACAUCGACUCUGUGAUCGAUGCCGCCUUUGCGAUUCAUCAGGCAGUGCUUCAAGUCGUCGGCCGUGCCGAGCUGUUGAACCGAAACAACACUGCCCUGGACGAUCUCCAUAAACAGCGUCUUAGAGCUGUCGUGGACAAGUACCGCCCCCCCUUCUUCGACUCACACCAUCGACCAGCACCCACCCCUGUCCUAUCCCCCCCUCCGACCACUGGACCCGACCUCACCGCGGCCCUCCAGGACCUUUGCUCCGCCCUCGACGCCAGGCUCGAUGCCUUGGAGACUCGAAUGGCGACUGCGGCCCCCCCGCCGCAGGCGAAGGCGCCCCCUCCUCCCAAACCUCAGGUACGUGGCACUCCCAAGAAGCGCUCGUACGCGGCGGCAGCUGCCCCUUCUCGUCCGGCUCCUCCCGUGACGACUCCGAACCCACCCGCUCCCCCGAAGGCUCACAGACCCAAGCACACCCCCGAGCCCUUGAGGUAUGUGGUUCGCUUUGCUGGCUCCGCGCCGGCACACCUGCUUCAGACGCCCCCCGCCCAACUUGUCAGCGUGGUUAACGCAGCACUGGCUGCGAUACCGACUGCUGGAGGAGUGGCUGCACUCGCGGCCUACCCGAGCUCCUCUGGCAACAUCGUCCUGGCUUUUCCCGCUACCACCUCAUACCGUCGCAUUGACGAACACCUCCCGACCCUUCGUGCUGCCCUCAAGCUUGACCCGACACAACACGUCUCCAGGGAUGUCAAGUGGUCUCGGAUCCUCAUAGGCAAUGUCAGCACCAGGACAGCUCCAGGCGACGCUGUCCACUCGACGUCGACUCUGUCGACCGAGCUCGUGAAGAACCCCACGCUUGCACGCCUCCGCAUCACCCAACCUCCGCGCUGGGCACGUCGACCUGAGCAAAUCGACGGUGCUCGCUCAUCCGUGGUCCUCGGAUUCGAAGACCCGGAUGGCUCCGUCCUCACCGCCCUCCUUCAGACCCCCCUCUUCGCUUUCGGUACUCCCGUCACCACGUCGCGCUGGCGUGAUAAGCCACGCCUCCGGCAGU